CCACCAAGCCACACCCACGGUGCCGGCCCUCCCUUCCUGGUCACCUGUCACCACUCCCCCGAAAGUGGCUUCCCCCCUCUCACCACGCACCCAUCCCCUGACCUUGCCCCAGGGAUUAUCUUCAGACCCUGUACAGAGAAGGAUUCUGUGACAUUUGCCAACACUUCCUCCAAUUGCCUUGGCAAUGGCGCCGUCUCCUAAUGAGGGAGGGAGGGCUCGGGCUGAGGCUCAAAGGGUGGGGCAGAGAAGGGAGAGAUGCACUGGGGGCGCAGGGGAGAGGCCGUGCCCAGGCCAGGCCACCGGAAGGCUGGGUGGUCUUCAUCAAACACAGGGGAUGGUUUCCAAAGUGCUGACCCUGCCCACCUCCUCCCCAGUGGCCUUCACCCUGGGAGCGGUCGGUUGGAGAGCAGCGUCAUCCAAGUCCAGUCCCGUCACCUGUCCUUGGAACCUGAGAACGUCGCUCCGCUGUAACCCCUUCUUGCCCACCUCACCCCCUCUCCUCCAACACCUCCCGGGCCUCCGAUCGCUCGCCGUCAGCAAGCCCAACUGCCUUCCUCUGGGUCCGCCUCCGGGUUUCCGCUGCCCUCUUCCCUACUGCCCUUCUCAGCUCCGCAACUCGGAAGCCGUGGGUGUCCGGAGGCGGGAAGUCCAAGACCAGUGCGCCGGGACAGUUGGCUUCUGGGUCUGGCUCCUUACUUUAAAGUGUGACAGCCAACAGCUUCGAAGCCUCAUCCUCCCUGUCCCUUGUGCCCCACACAUGGGCAAGCUGAUGUCAAAGCCUCCGGGCUCCCUUCCUUGGCAUCAGAGGGGAGUUCGCACCACCCACGGGAACCCCCGCCCCUGCUCUAGCUCCAAACACAACAGAGACACCCCCGCACCCCCUGCCCGGUCUCCUUUCCAUGUCCUCUCAAGUCGUCUUCUGACCACCUUGGGGACCUGCCGUGCGAUCCCAGGAAGCCUCAAUGUUUUUGAGUAAAAACCAGCUCUACAGAGAGAGAGAUCGAACAGCUCUGAACACCCAUGAGAUCUCAUGUGACCAAGUUGGACCCCAGAAGUGUGGAAAGUCGGCAUGAGGGUUAGAAAACCCACUCCAGCAAUAGACAUGUACAAAUAGCUGCUACAGCUCCAGAGACAAAAAGUAGAUUCGUGGGUGCC